GGUGGGCAGAGGAACUUCUAGAAUUCAGCUUGUCCCAUGGGCACCUCAGUGCUCUUCCAGAUCAGAGAGUGGGACCCAGUUUUUCUGGACCACAGCUAUGCCAAGCCAUGGAAUGCCAAACCAGAUGCCAGUAGUGCCCACCCCACCUGCAUGACCUUUGUUACUCCCCUGAAGCAGCACCAGGAUACCAUAGAAUCAGAUGUCCCAAUAGAUGUGGAGAUGGUCAUGUCGUCUCCCAUGCAACUCUAUGACAACCAGAAGGUGUGCUGCAUGAUGAAUGAGUGUGAACAACACAUCAUCUUUGCCAGGCCUGAUGCAGAUGCCCCUCCUCCACCAGAGCACUGGGAGGAGCAUGUCAAUAAUAUCCCCUUUAGGACUGACUGGACAGUGGCCCAGAACACACUAUUCAACAAGAUCCUCAAAGCCCUGCAGUCUGACCAACUUGCCCGCUUGGCCAACGAAAGGGCUUGUAAUGAGCCAGUGCUGCAUCAUGUAGCUGUGGACAAGUGUGCAAGGUGGGUGCGGCAGGCCCUGGCCAGUGAGAGUUGGGACACCAAGAUGAUCCAGUGGCUGCACACGACCCUGAUGGAGACCUUGAGUCUGCCCAUGCUGGCUGCCUACAUGGAUGCUUUGCAGACACUGAAAGGGAGGAUCCCAACCUUGAUUGACCGCAUGCUUGUGUCACUCAACACAAAGACUGGGGCCAAAGGAACUGAGGCCUUGUCGCUGCUGCUGAAAAGGUCCUGGGACCCUGCUGCAGGGGUGCUUCUUCAUGACAAGCCAAGGAAACUCCCUGGCUUUCCGAUUUUUAUCACCUCCUCAGGCCCCUCUAACUCUGCAUUCCCCACCUCACGCGGCCACGGCUUCUGGAAAUCUCAGCUGUGCUGCUUAGGCAAGGUCAUCCCUGUCGCCACCCAUCUGCCAAAAAAUGGCAGUGGAGUGGGCCUUCUGCAGUGUCUUGAGCAUAUUAUCAGGGCAGUGAGAAGCAAAGUUUUGGAGAUUCACCGCCAUUUCCCACACAAACCCAUCAUUUUGAUUGGCUGGAACAUGGGAGCUUUGGUGGCCUGUCAUGUGUCAAUCAUGGAAUAUGUCACUGCUGUUGUCUGCCUUGGGUUUCCUCUGUUCACUGUGUAUGGCCCCCGGGGUGAUGUGGAUGAUCCCCUCUUUGAUAUGAAGACUCCAGUCCUCUUUGUUAUUGGUCAGAAUUCCCUGAAGUGUCACCCUGAGGCCAUGGAGGACUUCUGGGAGAAGAUCUGUGUGGAAAACAGCUUGGUGAUCAUUGGGGGAGCUGAUGAUGAUCUCAUAUGGGUAAGAAUAAGCAAGGCAAAGAAGAAAUCAGAAGUGUUGUCUCAAAGGAUGGUGGACAGAUGUAUUCAGGAUGAGAUUGUGGACUUCCUGAUGGGAGUGCUUACUUGCUGUAAUGGUCUCAUGGGCUGUGAGCCUUGGCAUCAGGAUGCUGAGAAGAAGAAGCCUCAUGAUGUGGCCUGCAGAGACUUGGCAUUUGAAGUCCUUGAGUGGGGCAGUCAAUCUGCUUCCCCAGCUGCCAUGCUGCCCUCCUCACCCUUGCGCUCAGAGGAUCUUUCCAGAGUGUCCAGUAGCCACACCUCCUAUUCCAUGACCAUCAUGCCCACAAUGACCUCUGCUCAGAAGUCAAGAAGGUGCUCCCAGAUGCCCAAGAGAGAUGUGCAGUGGAAAAAAUCUAUGCUGACCCACAAACCAGCCCAGGGUAUAGGCUCAGGGACCAGUGGCCUCUCUCAAGUUCUUUCUACUGCAGUGGUUUCACAUGGCAUUUAGAAAGCACUGGGUCUGCAGCUUUGUCCAGGAGGAUACGAGAGGCUCCUUUCCCACCUUCCUGUCCAGGCAGAAUUAGGUUGCAAUGAGUGGCUGUUGUGCCUGCAGCUUCCAGGAAGCAAAUGGGGAGGCAGAGGUGGGGAGGACACAGGCAAGGAAUCAACCAAAGGCAGCGGGCACAGCACACAAAGGAGCAGCAGAGCAAGAGCCACAAUGAAAGAUCCAGUAGGAGAGAAGGAGGAAAAC